UUGUGUAGAGUGCAGCAGACGACGUGACAUGUCACAACUGUCAAGUGUCAGCUAGCUUGUUCUGUUCCUCUAGUCAGCAGCCCAAAAAAGCCAAAUAUGUCUUCAAAAUCAGUAACAGCUGAGGAUAAUGAUGAUAGAGAUUCACCCUCAAAGAAGCAGAAAAUCCAUCAAAAGCAAAGCACCGAUCUGUCUGAUACUUCGGCAAAUACUUCAUCUGACAUGAUGAUGGCGAAUGGCACAGUCAUGAUGACGGUUGGAGAUCAGUCCGAGCCUGAACCGCGGGAAAUUCAAAACCAAACAAGCUCCAACAAGGCCGAAUCCGAGGAGGCCCACCCACCCGAAGAGAUCAACAAUAAUGAACCAAAAGACGUAGAGCAAGACCUCGACAAUCUACCACUCAAGUUGAAAAUGCCGGAAGUGUUUGAUUUUGAGAACCUCAGCUGUCAGGAACGCUACGAUGACAUCUUUGAUAUUUUAGCGGACUGUAAACCAUUUCAGGUUCAGCAGGCGUUCGGAUUGUAUCUAAACAACGAAGGUGGAGAUGAGCAGUUAGAAUUAGAAGGCAGUCAGGCCAUAUGGCGCUCGAUGGAUCUUGAUUGUGAUGUGUUGGUGGAGAUUGUAGAGGUUCAGUGUGACAGGUUUCCGAUUACAGCGUUCAUAGAGGUCGCUCAACCCUUCUGUUCUGUACCUGGUCUCAAAACAAUCACAGAGGAACAGGUUGAUGAUUACCUUCAGGAAUAUAAGAACAAGGUUGAUAUUGUGGAACUGUUCCCAGUUCAUGACAGCUCAGGGGACCUGGAUGAGGCAGCUUUGGUUUUUGAGCAUAUCAGAUUCUUCUUCAAGUACAUUUGGCGUUUGUCGGAUGAAUACGAUGAUGGAGAUUACAUCUUCACUAUGAGGCAUCUGGGACCAAGACUCAAAUUGUAUUUUGACGUUCAGGAGAAGAACGUCUCCCACCGCCUUGCCACCAUGUACCAUACCACCAUCACCGACUACCAGACUAAACGCAGACAACUCAGUAAGAAACAGGCCAUGAUCGAUAGCGACGACGAAGACAGCGACACCUCGGAGAAGGAGAUCGACGUGAAUGAGCUAGUUGAAAUGACUCGACUACGGAAGGAGAUCAGUCAACUUCAGGAGACCCUUGAGAUGCUGGAGAACCCUGUCAUGAGGCAUGUCAUGGAUUUACCCAAGGGGUACCAGCAGCAGCCUAGCUCAGAGGUGCGUCAGGCUCGUCCUAAUAAAGAAGUCAUCACCCACAUCGUGGCCAAGAAAUUGACUGCUGGAAUGAUUCAGGACCUGCAACUACCCGGGGACACAGUGAUCGAGGCACACACCACCCCAGCCUCGGCGCUGUCUUGUUGCUAUGACAACGAUACCGUACUCAUCUUUCCCGGGCUGUACAGCGAAGAUAUGUUCUACUCCUUGGAUCAGUCCAUUUCCAUCCGGGGUAUCGGUAAUCCUGAAAAUGUCAUCUUAAGCGACCAGGAAUCUGGCUGUUGCUUCCUGGAGUGCAACGCUCACAACCUGACCCUGAGCAACUUGACGAUCGCUGACGAGUACGGCUCAGCCAUCGAGGGCGUCCUCAAAGUGCAGCGGGGCACGACGAACGUGACGGACUGCAGGUUUGUGUGCAGCGCCUCCGGUUUGGCCGUCUCCAAUGGAUGUCUCAACAUGAAGAACUGUCAAGUGCAAGGGGCACAGGAAGCUGGAGUGACAGCAUUGCCGGGGUCGACAUUAACAAUGACCGAUUGCUACAUCAAAGGUACUGCUGAGGAUAAGACCGAACGACCGUCAGACAGUGAAGGAUAUGGACUCAUCAUUGAGUCGCAGAAAAGCAAGGAUGGCAAUGAAAGCACGAGUAAGACCAGCGUGAGUCUGCAAGGGACCAAGAUCGAACACAACACCGGAUCCGGUAUUCUGCUGUCAGUGUGGUCAUCUGACAAGAACCAGACCCCUCAGCCAAUUGACCUCGAUGACCUUUGCUCUAUGACAUAUAUUGACCUCCAGGUCAAGGACAGUGACCUUGAUGGGAAUAAGAAAGGAGCUGCCAUGUUAGCAACGUACGUAAACUAGGUAAAAACUAUUACGUUAAUUUUAGGCCUGGGCGUCUAGUGCGACUAGUUUCGUAGUCGUGACUUAUGUUUUUCAUCUACUUGAUUAAUCAUGCCGCCACAACUAUUACAAAAAUAGACGCGACUACUAAAAAAUAAUGUUUGGUGAACAAACUGUGUUGCUAUUCAUGACAACAUAAUUUACUUACAAAGCACAAUCAGACAUCUAUGACACAGUUCUUCAAUCCUUUCAGCUUGAGUUUUACUAUAUAGCGCCUGCAACAAACAUUGUCACAAGGCUUCUUGAGAAUUAAAAAUUAGUUGUGACUAGCGUAGUAGAUGCAAUUCUUUGGGGUGCGACUAGUUUAGUAUUAAACUUUACUAGUCGCCCAGGCCUAGUUAAUUUAUCAUUGUUUGGAGAAAGUAAUAGUUCUCAAUCAUUUCAACAUUGUUGACACAAAUCUUUAAAGUUCAAUUGUUUUGAAAAGUUUAAAGGAACAUUACAGAAUUGGUUUUGCUAGCAAAAGAGUUGCUGGCAGUGUAAG